AUGAGCGAGGUAAACAUGGAUGAGGAGACAGAAAAAAAGCUUAAUGAAAUUUUUCAUUCAAUUAAAUUAGAGUAUGAUUAAAGUUAAGAAGCCUUAAAAACAAUUAAAAAAACUAAUGAUUUGGUGGGAUAGGUGAGAAAUUGUAAAUCUCUAUCCACCCUUUUUUAUCAUGCCAAAAAUUUGGACUAUGCUAACAAGGAGUUCAAAACUCUCAAAAUCAACAAUCUCAAUAUCAGCUUAAACUAGGAUAUAAUUAUAUACACCAAAGAGGAUGGCUAGUGUGUUGCUAAAACUAUUGAAAUUGUUGGUGUAAUGAGAUUUUAAUAAUACACUCCGAUUAUCAGAGUUUAAUGGUAUUACAGUAAGAACAACUUGAAGGAGAUCAUUGGAAAAUAUAUAGGCUGCAUAGGAGAGAGGGAAUUAUUUUUAUCUGACCAAUACGAUUUUAUUUAACCGGAUACAAUCAUAUCUAUAGCAUAAGUCUUAGACUUCAAGGAUUUUGACAAGAAGGAGUUAGUGGAUGAUUUUACCUUUUAUUGUAGGUCAUUCUACAGAAAUAAACAAAUAAUCCCGCCUAUUUAGAAAUGGGAAAAACAUUGUUUAUGUAAAUUACCAUUGAAUCCCGAUUAAUAGUAUGUGCUAUGUGAUAUUUGUUAAAAAUGGUAUCAUUAUGAAUGCUUGGGAAUCAAAAAUAUCUAGCAAACUACCUAUGUCUGCAAUAAGUGCAAGAAAAAAAAAUGA